GGCGGUGACGGUGGGCGCGGAUUACGUUCAGCCCUUUUGUUGUUUUUGUCGAACGAAGAACGGAAGCUCGUCGAAAAAACUUCUGAAUUAUGACUAUCCCUCACGAGGUUCUAGCUCAGGGAUGGAUUCCAUUUACCGUGGUCGUUGUGCUGGCGAUCCUGUUCUCAUGGUUCUAUAUCCGGUACUAUCAAGACCACUCCCAGUCAGAGGUUUCAUCCACCAUCACUGGCAUCAUUGCCUUGUUUAUAGCACUGAUGACAACAGCUCUUGUUCCUGUUGACAUAUUUCUUGUCUCUUAUAUGAAGAAUGAUGACGGGUCUUGGAAGCCUUGGAGUGCUAACAGAAUGAACAGAGAUGACAUUGAAGAAACAGCUGUAGCCACAACAUAUUACAUUCUUUAUGCUCUACUGGCUUUCUUUGUCUUCGUGAUUAUUCCCUUCAUGUACUUCUUCUUUGAGGAGAGAGAUGAAGACAUUACUACAGCUGAGAGGGCCUGUGGUGCGCUGAAAUAUUCAAUUGGUUUUCUGAUUGUUGCCUCUGUUCUUCUUCUGGUUGGUGCAUUUGCGCCCUUGAAGCAACCUCCCAAGAAUGUGACAGAGUGGGACAAGAGACUCAUCUUCCUCAAAGACGAGUUCAAAUCAAACAAUGGGGAGACGGCACUAUCACUGUUAAUUGGAUUCCUGACAUUGAUUGGAAUGCUGAUUAUGAUAGCAUAUACAGCGUAUGGGAUGACGGCCUUGCCGUUUUCAUUACUCAAAGGAUUCAAAAGCGCAAAGACUGAACAGGAGUCAGUAACCCGCCGCCGCAGCAGAAACCAGGAGCAGGCAAGACUAAUCAAGGCCCAGUACAUGGGUGGGCGGGCCAUGAGUAGUCGUGACCGUCGCCGCCUGUCGGAGCUUGAGAAGGAGGAGCAUGCCCUGGCGACUAGAGAGCGACGGCUUGAGGCCGCCCAACUUGGCUGGCUAAACAAGUGUCUGAAGCUUCUAAGACCCUUCGAGAUGGUGUUUGGGGCAUUUUUCCUUCUUGUUGCUCUCCUUAUCUUCGUUUCGCUGUUCAUAACUUGCCUGGACAAGGCCCUGCACUCUAACGGAUACCAGUACGGCUACUCGUUACCAACCCCUCAGCUGCCCAACCCUAUCAACAUUAUCAUGGUGUACGCCCAGAGAGUAUUCCCGCUAGACUACUGCCUGUUCCUGCUUGUUGUCCUGUACUUUGUGUACUCCUCUAUGGCUGGGAUCAGGCGUGUUGGCAUAAGGUGCUGCUGGAUCAAACUAUUCAAGGUUCGUCCACGCCGUACUCUGCCCCAGGCCCUGCUCUUCAUGUGUGUAAUGCUCAUGCUGAUUGUGUUGUCACUCAACGUGAUGCUCUUCAGCCUUGCACCUCAGUACGUCAUGUACGGGAGCCAGAACUAUAGGGCGAACUCCACUGUGACGUCGCUAGUCAAUCACACAGGCAUCAUACAGAACGUCACCACCAGUCACGGGAUCGCUAAAGUCUGCUCUAUGGAAGUGUCUUCAGACCACUGUACAAUGACGCGUAUCGCGGUGUUCCUCAAUCGGUUCUUCUACAAGGUGUGGUUCUUCGGCGCCUGUUACUACUGGGGGACCUGGCUCUUUCUCGUGGUGUUCAUGACAGGGCUGAUCUACUCUAUUGUAAGGAAGCGCAAAACCGUAGUGGAUGAGGAGUACGACUCUAGCGACGACUCCGAUGAAGAGAUGGUCACGGCUUGAGAUAAGAAAGCAGGGCGGUAGCAGGCCACGUAAGAGUGGGGGUCACAAUACAAUACAUAAAGAAAAUAUUGGGGGCACAGCCACGCCCCUACUGGUCAUUUCCUUACGCAGUAUUACCUUGUGUUAUCUAGACAACACACACCUCUUAAGUAAUGCUUUCACGUACCGAAGAAACCGCUCAAGCAAACCAAAGGAUCUUUCAAGAUGACCCGGUCACCAACCCCCCUAACCCCACCCAACAUCAACCCCCUAACCCUACCCACCACCAACCCCCCUAAGCCCGACCACCACCAACCCUCUAACCCCGACCACCACCAACCCCCUAACCCCGACCACCACCAACCCCCUAACCCCACCCAACAUCAACCCCCUAACCCCGACCACCACCAACCCCCUAACCCCGACCACCACCAACCCCCUAACCCCACCCAACAUCAACCUCCUAACCCCAACCACCACCAACCCCCUAACCCCACUCAACAUCAACCUCCUAACCCCGACCACCACCAACCCCCUAACCCCACCCAACAUCAACCCCCUAACCCCACCCAACAUCAACCCCCUAACCCCGACCACCACCAACCGCCUAACCCUACCCAUCACCAACCUCCUAUACCCAUCUGAAGCCUCCAAACACCAGCCAUUACCAACACCCUAUCCCCGCCCGUCUUUCCAAAUGAGAGGUCAUCAUAAUCCAACCCGGGGUUUUAUCAGAGUUCUGAAUAUAUCAAAUUGGAAUUCGUAUAAUAAAAGAGAAAAUGCAGAAAAAAAUAAGAAUUAAAUUUAGCUUCGAGAUUUAUUUGAAAAUGUAGCUCGUUCAUUUUGCAUGGUACAAUUUAACCCGAGGUGCGAUCUACUUAAUUGAUAUGCUUGUAAAUAGCUUUUAUUAAAAGGUUAUUUGUAAA